AUGUCUCAGAUUCAACAUCCAGUAGAUGUUCCUAAGACAAGCGGCCCAACUCCCAAGGUCGCAGCACCGAUCACACCUUCACAAAUUGCUAUUGUCAAGUCGACCGCCCCACUUCUCAAGGAGCAUGGCGAAGAAAUUACUAAACUCUUCUAUGGAAACAUGUUGAAGGCCCAUCCGGAACUCAACAACAUAUUCAGCACAGUAUCGCAGACCAGUGGUGCCCAACCACGAGCUUUAGCGGGCGCCGUUUUCGCGUAUGCCUCAUAUAUUGACGACCUCGGCAAGCUUUCAUCCGCCGUGGAGCGUAUUGCGCAGAAGCACGUCAGUCUUACCGUUCAGGCUGACCAAUAUGCAAUCGUCGGAGAGCAUCUGAUUGCCGCGGUUGCGGCUGUCUUGGGUGAUGCUGUGACCCCUGAGGUUACCGACGCGUGGACAGCAGCGUAUGGUGCACUGGCCGACAUCUUUAUCAACCGCGAGAAGGCGCUCUAUACUGCUUUUGAGAACUGGCAAGACUGGCGACCAUUCAAGAUCCAGAAGAAGGUAGCAGAGUCUUCUGAAAUCACGAGUUUUUACCUGGCCCCUGAGGACGGAAAGGAGCUGCCUCUUUUCAAACCAGGUCAGUACGUCAGCUUGCGCGUUUUUGUCCCAGAGCUAGGGUACAAUCAGCCGCGACAAUACUCGCUGAGUGAUGCUCCACGACACGACUACUACCGCAUCAGCGUCAAGAGAGAUUCGGGCCAAGAACCAGGCAUCCCCGGAUUGAUCUCAAACACGCUCCACAACAACUAUAAGGAAGGAGACACAGUGCAUCUUACACACCCUGCCGGAGAAUUCGUCGUUGAGAUCCAGCCAAAUGAGACAGCACCAAUCGUACUCAUAUCUGCUGGUGUUGGUAUUACACCAAUGAUUUCCAUUCUCAACAGCACUAUCUCUGCCGGCUCAAAGAGACCUAUCUCUUGGGUCCACGGUGCACACAGUUCCGAGGUUCAAGCCUUCCAAGAUCAUAUCAAAGACAUCUGCAAGGAGAACCCUAAUGUUCAACCUACUAUUUUCAGAACCACUGUCACUGCUUCAGAGGCUAAAGGCGUCGAUUACCAUUUCGACGGACGUGUGGACUUGGACAAGCUUGAUAAGAACCGUGGUCUAUUCCUAGACAACAACAUUGCAGAAUACUACAUCUGCGGUCCCACAAAAUUCAUGAAAAACAAUGAAAAUUUCCUUUUGAAUGCCGGGAUUGAUCCAGGCAGAGUACAUGUCGAGAUUUUCGGAGUAGGCGAUGGCGAAUAG